ACCAUUAGAAACGUUUAGAAACUGUAUAUUUGUCUCUUAGUUUUUUAUUAUUAAUUAGUAGUGAAUUUCAUUCAUCAUUCAAAUAUAGGAAAGCGUGGUGGUGAGAAUUUGUAUCCUGUUGAAGAUUUGGAAGACUUGUUGGUGGAUGAUAAUGGUUCAAUUUCAGAAUCUUGGAAUAAAAGGAUUAGAAAAGAGGGGAAGAGUUCAAGGAAAGCAAACGAUAUGAAGUACAAUUUUGAUUCUUCGCCGCCUAAAUAUUUGAAGGAACGCAGACGAUCUGAUACUGAAGUGUUGUUAUGUGAUGGAAUUGUUGAUGUUUCUCCACCUGAUAAUGAGUUGAAGGAGGAACCGGACGAGCUUAUUCGGUAUUAUGAAGUUCACUGCAAAAGGAUCAACGGAAGAGAUAUAAAUUUGUUAGAGGGUCUUGAACUUCACAGCAGUGUCUUCAAUGCUACGGAGCAGAAUGAAAUUGUUGACUAUAUAUACAUAUUGCAACGGAGAGGACAACAAGGAAGACUGAGAGAAAGAACAUAUUCAAAACCUAGAAAGUGGAUGCGAGGUAAAGGACGUGAAACCCUACAAUUUGGUUGCUGCUACAACUAUGCAGUGGACAAAAAUGGUAACCCCCCUGGUAUAAGUAGAACUGAAGAGGUUGAUCCAUUACCACGCAUGUUCAAGCAAAUGAUAAAGAGGAUGGUUAGAUGGAAAAUAAUUCCUCCGACGUGUGUUCCUGACAGUUGCAUUGUCAACAUAUAUGAUGUAGGGGACUGCAUUCCUCCUCAUAUUGACCAUCAUGACUUUGUCAGGCCGUUUUAUUCCGUCUCUUUCUUGAACAAAGCUAAAAUAUUAUUUGGUUCAAAUUUGAAAGCUGUUCGUCCAGGAGAGUUUUUUGGUCCCGCUUCGAUUUCUUUGCCAGUUGGGUCAGUGUUUGUCUUGAAGGGUAAUGGUGCAGACAUCGCUAAACACUGCAUUCCAUCAGUGUUAUCAAAAAGGAUUUCUAUUACAUUUAGAAAGAUGGAUAAGAGAAAGUUACCAUACACUUAUUCACCUGAUCAUGAUCUAGUGGGAUCAAGCCAAUUCUCAUCAAAUAACGUUUUAACAAGGCAGAGAGUGCUGAAUCUGAAUCUUAUACAAUUUGGAAGACAUUGAAGGUGAACGAAUUCGCACGCAGUUCAACAGAAUUACUCUUCAAUUGCUUGUUUCUUAUUGUAAAUACUUUCUUCCACUCUAAGAGGAAAGUAUUCUCCUAACGACACAUUGGGGAAUUUCAUACCUCAAUUUAUGUACAUUUUGUAACUACCACAUUCUAUUUUAAGAAAUUACUGCUGUAGUAUUUGUUUAAUGAGAAAUGUUAAAAUUGUUAUUGCAUUUCACAC